UAUGGUGCGGGGCGGGGCGGUCACGUGGCGCGGGCCGGCCGGAAGGAGCCGGGCAGCGGCGGCUAAAUGAAGCGGGGCCGGUGGGGUGGCGGGGCCCGGUGAGCGUCCGUUCCUCAUGCAAGCCUGACUGCUAUGUCUGGGCAUUGACACUUUUGGGUACAGCAGUUUAAAAUGGCAGAGAGAGGUGGAAAUGAAGAAGUAAUUAACUUGAACAGCUUCCGUAGUCACAGAGGAAAAGACUGGAUAAACCUCAGGGACGAAGGUCUUAUCAUGAUAUCAGAUUCUUCGGAUGAAGAAUUACCUUUGUUGCUGGAAAAGCCAGCAGAGCAGCAGCAUGAGGAAGAUGAUGACGAUGUAGUCAUCUUGGCAGAGACCUCAAAGCAUCAGCAGCUUCUGCGUCCCAAUGUCAUCAGACCUGCUGCUCAAUGGCAUGGUGCAAAUGCUGUGGGAGAAGGAGGAUCUAAAAGUGCUGUUGAGCCCCUGAGGAACAUACAUGUGCAAGAUGAGAACUCGGCUCCGCUGUGCCAGGGAGAGCAGUAUAAUCACACGGCAGAGAACAGUGCUGGAUCAAGCAGGGAUGAGAUUGCCUUGCAGCAGCCCGGACCAUCUGAGCUUAAUGGCUCCAGGUUUGAACUUGCAAGUAACGAGGAGCCUGGCCCAAGUUUGCUUCCGGCAAUAAAGACGAAUCCACAGCCUGUUGUUAACAGAGAAAUUGUUGCGGAGAAUCCAGACCUUCCACCAGAACAAGAAGAAAAGGCAGAAGCCCAGGGAUGGCAAGGAGAGGACUUGGAGCCAGAGCAAAAUCCUGGAGGAACAGCUGCUGCAACUGCCACAGAGCAGGAGAUACACAAGAACAGCCAGCUGGAUCACCCAUACUUCCAGCCAUCGGAAGGCGAGUCUCAUGCUGUAGUAAAUGGUUGGGUUCCUCAGCAAGGGCAGCCUGAAGCAGAACCAGGAUCUCUGAGGGCAUAUGGAGAGGAGGCUCCUGGGCCAGCCUUCCCCCGACCUGAACCACAGCAGGAUGGGAUUCCAGGUCCUGCGUCACCCCAGCCAGCACAUCCACCAGAAGAAACGGGUCAGCAGGCAGCGAUAGACAAUGAACAGCCAGGUCCAGCGUUUCCUGCACAAGGCGCUCACGAACUUGCCUCUAGUAAUGUGCCAGAACAAGGAGCUGCUGGGCAGGACCAAGACCUCACUGCACUGCUCAUCAGAGAGACUGAAGCAAGAUUCCCAGAUGUGCAGAAGGAAUAUAUUGAAGAGCUCAUCAGCAUCAAGAACUGCUAUGACUUAAAUGUACUUUGUAACUUUCUUCUGGAAAAUCCAGAUUACCCAAAGAAGGAAGGCAGAGUGGUUUUAAAUCCCAGCAGCAGCCUGCUUGCCAGCCAAGAUGAGACAAAGGUGCCUAAAGUGGACUACUUCGACUUUUCCAAACUUACCCCACUUGAUCAGCGGUGCUUUAUUCAGGCAGCCGACCUCCUUAUGGCAGACUUCAAAAUGCUGAGCAGCCAAGACAUUAAGUGGGCACUACAUGAACUCAAGGGACACUAUGCAAUCACGCGAAAGGCCUUUUCAGAUGCAAUCAAAAAAUGGCAGGAGCUGUCUCCCGAAACCAGUGGGAAACGAAAAAGGAGGAAAGAAAUGAAUCAGUAUUCAUAUAUAGACUUCAAGUUUGAGCAAGGAGAUGUGAAAAUUGAGAAGCGCAUGUUCUUCUUGGAGAAUAAGAGACGGCACUGGAGGUCCUAUGACAAGCUCUCUCUUCUCCCACCAGUGCUACUGGAGCAGGAAUUCUAUGAACAGAAAGUUAAAGAGAUGGCAGAGCAUGCAGACUUCCUCCUUGCUCUGCAGAUGAAUGAGGAGCAGUAUCAGAAGGAUGGUCAGAUGAUAGAGUGCCGCUGUUGUUAUGGGGAGUUUGCAUUUGAAGAGCUAACUCAGUGUGCAGAUGGUCACUUGUUCUGCAAGGAGUGCCUAAUUAAAUAUGCUCAGGAGGCAGUCUUUGGCUCUGGGAAGUCAGAGCUGAGCUGCAUGGAAGGCAGUUGCACGUGUUCAUUCCCCACCAGCGAGCUGGAGAAAGUGCUUCCGGAGAACAUCCUCUGUAAAUACUAUGAGCGGAAAGCUGAGGAGGAGGUGGCUGCUGCCUGUGCAGACGAGCUUGUCAGGUGUCCGUUCUGUAACUUCCCAGCUCUGCUGGAUAACGAUGUGAAGCGGUUCAGCUGCCCUAACCCCCGCUGCAGAAAGGAAACCUGUCGGAAGUGCCAGGGGCUGUGGAAGGAGCACAUGAACCUCACCUGCGAGCAGCUGGCUGAGAAGGAUGACAUCAAAUACAGGACGUCCAUAGAAGAGAAAAUGACAGCCGCCCGGAUUAGAAAAUGCCACAAGUGUGGGACUGGCCUAAUUAAAUCGGAGGGUUGCAACCGCAUGUCCUGCCGUUGCGGUGCUCAGAUGUGCUACCUCUGCCGGGCUGCCAUUAACGGGUAUGACCACUUCUGCCAACACCCCCGGUCGCCUGGGGCUCCCUGCCAGGACUGUGCAAAGUGCUCUCUCUGGACAGAUCCCACAGAAGAUGAUGAGAAGAUAAUUCAGGAGAUUCAGAAAGAGGCUGAAGAGGAGCAAAAGAAGAAAAAUGGAGAGAACAGCUUCAAGCGCAUCGGCCCUCCUGCAGAAAAGCCCAUGGAGAAAAUGCAGAGAAUUGAAGUUAUCCCCAGACCUGUUCCUCAGAACCUCCAUCAACCCCGGAUGCCCCCUUACCCCUUCAUGCACCCUCCCUUCCCGCUCCCCGCUGUCCGUCCCAUGUACAAUAACAUCCCCCUCAACAUCGGCCCUAUCCCUGCCCCCUACGUCCCCCCGUUGCCUAACAUGAGGGUGAACUAUGACUUUCCCCAGAUCAAUGUUCAGCUGGAGCACAACUUGCCUAUGCACUUCGGCCCUCAGCCUCGACACCGGUUCUGACCUUGUUCAAACAGCACUUGGCAUAGAGUCAUUGCAGGGCAAAGCCUCCUCAGUAAUGUCACCCCCCCUUCUGUUCCUGCCCCUCUCGGUUUAGCCAGCUGCAAGGGGUCCCGCUCUGACUCGCAUUACCUGCACUGCACCCCUCUCUAGAGCUUCUCUGAACCUUUGCAAUCGAACGUUUCAACCUGUGCUGCAACAGGGCUUGGUGCUACAUGCCUGUGUUGGGCAUCCAGCUAUUUUAAUCUGACAAAGCCUGUUCAGGCAGCUGUUGGGAGGGAAAGCGAGACUUUGUGGAGCGCAGGGAUGCAGCCAUUCCUCGGGGACUUUCUAAAAAUCCUACCUUCCUGCUGGCCAGAGCAGCUGCUGCACAGUCAAGUGAGUCUUGGGGGAAGGGAGGAGAGACUUGGCAUCUGAGUAAGACCUUCAGGAACAAGAUAACAGGAGUCAGCUGCCUUAGCCUUCUGCCUGCAGAGAGGCACGAGGCUGGGGCUCCCAUGUUCUGCAGCACCUCUCUAACCUACUAGCACCCCCCAGCAGAAAUAAAUUGUUCAAACCCAAAUCAAUCUAGUGUUUUUAGCAUUUCUCACUCUGCAAGUGGAGUGAGGGGGAUGCAGCAGCUAUCUUGUUGCUGGGAUCUCAGUAGGAAGCUCAGAGCCAUGUUCUGCUUUAGGAAGUAGCAGAGAGUUGAGCCCCCUAAUCUUUGGUGGGACUGAACUUGCCCCCUUUGAAAGGAUCAGGGUUUUUUUUCCCCCAGAGGUGGGUGCCUCUUAUCUUCCAAAACAUGGCCUUUGCUUUGCUGUUCUCAUCUGGCAUCCCAAAUCCUCCUCUGCUGGCAGUCACCAAGCAGCUGGUAGAAGCAUCCAGAGCUUAAGCUGCACCGUUCAUUGCAAAAACUGCAUGGACAAAUACCCGGUUAGAUGCAUAGAGGGUGGUGUGUGAUAUGUGCUGUGGCAGAAGAAUUAGCAACUACCCCUGCAGUUGUGCACGCAGGCAGCGGAGAGCCGGGAGCCCCCUUAGCCAAACCCCCUGCAACCAAACGGGAGCAGCAGCCUUGUGCUGCAGGAAGCUGGCUGCUUGCGCGGCGCCUAAUAACUUCUGAAAAUGCGUGUUUCAGCUUAAUUGGCUUUGGAAAAGCAUGUUAAAAGGCAAACGCGAGUAUUGCUGGGCUUAGGAAGCGAGGGUUUAGGAAAAGCAAAACUUCCUUGUGAGACACAGGGAGGGGGGUAGUUGCUGGGCUGCUGGAGGAGUGUUGGCACGAAGCCCCUUUCCCCACGGCCCUUGGCUGUAAUGCCUGGUACAGGCCCCCUUCAGAAAAGAAAAGGGUUGGAGUGGAAAAAAAGCCCUCCUCCCAGAAAUGCUGGGCUAGGUUUUAGCAGCCAAGUUGGUUCUGUAGUUCCCCGAGUGGUUUGGCGUGGGCCGCAUCCUGCUCUGUCCUGCUGGGACACUCCCUGCACUGCCCCUCCUGUUAUUCCCCCUUGUAUUUGAGCAUCUCGCUGUCUUUUUAGUUUUAUUUGUUUUUCAGGUAAAACUCCCUGCUUUGGCCUCAUGGCUUCUGCCAGACCCUUGCUUGCAUCUCUCUGUACCUGCUCGCGGCACAGCAUCUCCUCGGGCGCGCGGCGAGCGAUGGGCACGGGGCCGUCGGUGGGGUGCUCCUGGAGGGAGGCAGCCUCCGCCGUGGCCCAGGACAGCGUCGGGGCACUGUUGUCCUCAGGAGGGUCUCCCAGAGGGGACUUUUGGGCUGAGUCAGCACUUUUUCCCCUCUCUGGCAUUGCCUAUGAGUUGAACUUCCCUGCGGAGUGCUGUGUUCCAGCUCCUCGGUGCCAUGGUCUCUAGCAUUAAUAACCAAGUGGUAUUCUUUUGCUGCUAUCAUUUUCUUUUUAAUUUUUUUUUAAAUUUCUGGAAGUUGUCAGGGGGCUGCAGGAGCUUAUCGCUUGCUGGGUUUUAGCCAGGUUUAAAUCCCAGCUUGCACUGAGUGAUUCCUGCGGUAGCCAGGAGCAGGGUGUCCCGCUGGAUUUGGGAAGGGCUGUGUUCACAGUGCCAGCGGGUGGCGAGAGAAUGGACGCAGGUCAAAGGAAGCACGGGUGGCUUCCCCUUGCAGAAAGGAAAUCCUGAGUUUUCCAUGGCCAAGCUCUUGUUGGUUCAAGGGCCAGCUUGGAUGAGCCCUCCCGGCUUUCUGAAGCCUGCGCCUUUCCCUGGCAGGGUGGUUGCGGUUGUCGUCCAGCACCCGCCUGCGCAGCGGGGGGUCGGGCAGUGGAGGUGGGUUUGGGCAGCCGGGCACGGCUCAGCUGCUGAACCAGUGGCCCAAAUGACGAAGCAAACAUGGUGUGACCUCCCCCAGCGUCCCACGGAGCUGCGCGGCUGGGAGCACUGGCAAAACGAUGGUCUGAUCCCGUCUUUUGGUGCAUGUCUAGGGGUCUAAAGAACUAAGCCUUGGCAGGGGGAAGUGCAGAGGUGGAGCAAGAAGGAUGGAGAGGCGUCAGGCAGAGGUGGCAAGGGGAGGUUGGUGUUGGUGGUCCAUCCUCGUGGUUAGGGUGUGAGGGUCUUCUGCUGCUGUGGUGCGGCGGUUGUGGUCCCGGAGGAGCCCGGUAGGUGUAGGGGGAGAGAGGACCGCUGACCCCUGUCCCCUGCCAAAUCCACAAGAUUAUUUGUGUCUGAGAGAAGAAAAAUCGGUGCUUGGUCUGUGAACUGUACCCAGCAGCCCCGAGCGAUGGGCUUAGCCCUCCACCCGGCCCUGGGGUGAUGCCGGCCUCCCGGCGCUGCUUCUCUCCCUGCGGAAACACCCAUUUCACUGAAAAUUACUCUGCAGCCAAAGCGUGUGGCUGCUCCUCCCCUCUAACCUGAGGGACCUCGAGGUGUGGUUCCUGAUGGCGCUUGGGUCACUGCUGAUUUAUUGAAAACAAAAGAACAACAAAAAAAAAGCCCAAACUUAACUGCGCACCCACCAGAGCCGUCCCUGAUCUGGUCUCUAACACCCGCACCACAUUUUUCCCUCCCACUUUGCAGUCCUUGAAACCAUUUGUCCUUUAAAAGGUGACUGGGAGGUUGCUGAGCCCAGGCGGGUCCCGUAACAGGUACUUCUUCUGGUUAAUUGCUGUGUCCCAUUUUACUUGCCUUAAAGGUGGAGAGAGAAACUUAGUAUUUGCACUUAGCAAAACGUAUUAAAAGAAAAAAAGCCCUGUAAAGAUGUGCAUGUCCUGCAACUUUGUAUAACAAUAGCUGAAAAUAAAAUAGGUGGUUUAUUAAAAAAAAAAAAAUAUUAAAAAAAAUAUUUUUCUUUACCUUCUGGUAGUAAACUGUUCUAAUAUUCUGUGUGUAAAAAGUUCCUGUAUCAUACUGUAAUUUGAAUUUUUUGUAAAUAAAUUUGUGCACUCUGGCUUCUA